AUGAGACCAUUAUCAGCGUGUGUAGCAUGCCGCCCCUCUAGUGAUCGGCGGAAAAAGUGCGAUCGGUCUCGACCAGGUCUCAGUUGCAAUUCCUGUAUCAAGAGGGGCCUUGACUGUGUUGGAGUCACCGAUGACCCUGUCCCCAAUAAUUUGGAAACACAUUACGAGCCACUUGGAAAUCAGAAAGACUAUAGCAGACCUCGUCGUAUCUCGUCGCUGGUUGUACCAGACGCCGUUCUGGCCGAGGAGCUGGCGAGUCUCUAUUUUCGGUACAUGCACAUCACGUUUCACAACAUCUUCCAUCGCGCAACAUUCAUAGCCCAUGUAAAGGAGUCUUCAAUCCCAAAGAUUCUAUUCUUUGGUGUUGCAGGCCUGUCGGCGCGGUACUCGACGCAUCCCGUUUUUGCGUCUAUUCCACCAUGGGAUAGAGGACGGCCGUAUCGGGACGAAUGCAAGAGGUUGCUCGACCUGGAGGAUACUUCGUUAAUCAGUAUCCAAGCUUGCAUGUUGCUUGCGGCAAAUUCGUCCGUUGAGGGAGAUUCUAGGACUGAGUCAGUAUAUCAAGCAGUAGCCUCUCGCAUGGCCAUGCUGCUAGACCUUCCAAAUCUGUCAACUGAGUCACUUCUGGAGCAGGAAGUCAAUAGACGAGUAUGGUGGUCUCUCAUUACAACCGAGACAUGGUCAAGCGCAACUCAGUCUCUCCCCAGGUACAUAAGACCACGAAACGCCAUCCCGUUGCCCAUGGAUGAACGUCGAUUUGCCUCGUUGACACAUGAGACGUCUGUGACACCGUCUGACCAGUCGCUUGACGCGUCACCUACUUGCAACUUCGAUCCUCAAUCUUUGGUCGCCCAGAUGAUCCGGCUGAAUCUUUUAUUUUACGAUAUUAUUGUCUUUCUAAACUGUCAGGUAGUGGAUACGCAGGACGAACAACCAGUAGACAGAGAAUUCGAUCAUCCACUUCGCCACUGCCUUGAUGAAUGGGCAAGUAACCUACCCCCGAGACUUCGCUCUUCUCAGGAAAAUGUGAUAUACUGGGCUGAUGAGGGCUUUGGUGCAAUCUUCAUAACACUGCAUAUCAACUAUAACCACGCCGGUCAGCUCUUAUUCUACCAACACCUCCAAUCUGCCCAAGAACAGGACCAAUGGGAUCAUGGUACCCAAGGGUUUGCGGAGCGAUGUAAACAGCAUGCAACAAACCUGUGCGACCUCAUCUAUGAAGCGAAGCAACGGUCAGACACUGUCGUUCUGUAUCCACUUGCUGGGCAUAUUCUUUGCCUCGCCUCUACGGUUCAGAUCCAUACACUUCUCUUUGGGAUCGACAAUGACGAGAUACUCGCUGCUAAAACACGGUUAGAAAGAAAUUUUGAGAUGAUUUCGUCAAUGAAUAACUAUUGGCCCAUGAACCAUAUGUCGAUCAACCGGCUUCAGCAUUUCCACAACGCCUGCCUUCGAAGCAAAGAUGACUCAUUCCGUUUAGAUACCUGGAUGCUUCGAUUCUUGUUGGGUUUCACGCAGGACAUCAAAGACAGGGAUGCAAUUUGGACAUAUGGGCAUCGGGCGCUGGAUGACUUUGACCCACUGAGGGAUCUCUUGGAUAUUUAA